UUAUAAUUGGGAUUGUGUAGAGAUGAUACUAGAGCAACUGAGAAAGGAGAUAAAAGGGCAGACUGUGAAGUGUCCUGUAGGAUGUAGCGGUUAAUGGACAUAGAGCUUGAAAUUUAAACCUAAGAAGACGCAGGAUUUCCUUGAUCAAAUUAGUCCUAAAAAGUCUUUGAAAAUUUCAAUGAAAAAGACCUUUUGUACAGGGAGAGAAGAUUCUUUUGAAAAAUCAAAUGACUUUGUCUUUGAUUUUAAAGGUAGUGGAAGUAUAGACUCCUCUCCAAAGAAAAGCAUUUCACUUUGGAAGAGCUCAUUAUUCAAAUCAGGUGAUAAACGUAGUAGCUCCAACAUCAGGAAGGGUCUUAAACAAUCGAAGCCUGUUGACGUAUAUUCGCAGAAUAUUAGAGAAUUUAUGAAUCCACUACCCAUAAAUGGGAGCAUAUCUUGUCUCUCCAAUCGUUCAAAAAGUGUUAUUGAGGCAAAUAAAUAGCUAUGCUAGCGACAAAUAUGGCUAUGAAAUAAACCCUGAGGAAUUCAAGCGAAAAAGGGAAGCUAACCAGCUCAUUAUGAAGCAAGUUAAGGAUAAAUCCAAGGCCUCUCUAAAGAGUGUCCUUCAAGAGACCAAAGAUGACAUUCAAAGGCAAAACCUGUCUCUUCUUGACUAUGAUACAAAGUUGAAGCUCAAGACAGAUAGUCAUAAAUAAAAUGCUAAUUGCCCAAAGGAUGUACAAUACCUCUGAAAUUCAGAGAAAGCUCAAGGAUUCGAAAAGAACAUUUUUCCAAGAUAUUCAGCUGAAGAAGGCCAAAGCUGCAAUGACAAGGUAUAUUGAGGAAAAGAAGAAAAAUCAGCGGAAUUCGCUUGAGAGAAAAAGAAUCUUUUGUAAGGUCGCUGAACAAAAUUUGAGCUUUGCUCAACGUAGAAUAAGUGAUGUUCAGACUAGAAAGCUUCAAGAGCUACAACAAGAUAGGACACAUCUAGAAGCUAGUCCGAGUCCGUUCGCAGUAAACCGUAAGAGGUUUAAUGACGCUCUCACUAUCAUGAACAAUAGAGCAAACCGGUACCAUCUGAACACGAAGUAGUAGGGUUUUAUCUCAAAAGGGCUCAAUAUAAA